UGACAUUAGAAGCCACAUUCGAACCAUUUGAUACAGGCAUGGCUUGUUCACCUUUUAUAUUUGGUAAGAAAGUGCCUUGUGGCAAUUUUGAAGGGAAUGGAAUGAAAGUUUACACCUACAAAGAACUAAAAAAGGCCUCUAACAAUUUCAACCUUGCUAAUAAAAUCAACCAGGGUGGUGUUGGUUCGGUCUAUAAGGGAGUGCUAAAAGAUGGGAGGUUAGCUGCUAUAAAAGUUCUAUCACUUGAAUUCCGUCUGAAUGCCGAUAAAUUCUUGCGCGAGAUUAGUGUAAUUUCUGAAAUCCAGCAUGAAAAUUUAGUUGAACUAUAUGGCUGUUGUGUCGAAGGAGGUCACCGUAUUUUGGUCUACGGUUACCUUGAGAACAGUAGCCUUGAACACACCCUUCUAGGUGAAGGUGUCAGCAAUAUCAAAUUUAACUGGCAAGCACGGUGUAGGAUAUGUAUCGGAGUUGCACGUGGACUUGAAUUUCUACAUGAUCAAGAACAACCAAAUAAUGUUCACAGGGAUAUACGAGCAAGCAAUAUAGUCCUCGAUGAAGACCUUAAACCGAAGAUUUCAGAUUUUGGUCUUGCAAACCUUAUUCGACAAGAUGUCACUCGUCUCAUCUCAUUAUGUCCUAUGGCACCAGAGGAUGUGUUUAUGGGGCCGCUGACACGUAAAUCAGAUGUUUACAGAUUCGGAAUCCUCCUGGUGGAGAUAGUCAGUGGGAGAUCUGAUCGACGUAUUCUAGAACAAACAUGGAAACUUUAUAACCGAAGGGAAUUGGUCGAGUUGGUAGACACAUCACUGGACUGGGGAUGGUGCCUCGAGGAAGCUUGUAAAUAUCUGAAGAUUUCCCUUCUGUGCACUCAGAGUUCGCCUAGGCUCCGACCAACCAUGUCUUCUGUGCUCAAAAUGCUCAUUGGAGAAAUGGAUGUUGAUGAAAGUAAGAUAACAAGACCAGGCUUGGUAUCAGAUAUUCCAUAGAUAUGAAGACUCCAUCUUCAUACAAUGCUUCAUAUAACUGCUUCAAAUACUGCAAUUUCCCUUUGAUUUAGUUAAGAAUACUUUAUUUCAUUUUCAUGAGGAGUUUUGUUUCAUUUAAACGUGUUUGACUAUUCCACCAGUUUUAUUUGUUAAUUUAGUUUUGCAGAAAAAUGUAUGGUUAUAGAUUAUGGCCAAUCAAUUAUAUAAUUACACUGAUUCUGAAA